GCCAAAGUAUUGCAAUUCGGUCAUCAUCAGACGCGUACAUGUCGCUCGAAGACCGGCUCGCGAGCCUACGCACUGGGAAGGCGCCGACGGCGCUCGCCCGCCCGCUCUUGCAGCCGCUUGGCGACGUCACGUUCACCGAGGUCAGCGAAGACGAGUGGGACGACGAGGCAACCUCAUACAUCGCGCCGCCGCCGUCGCAGACGACACUAACGCCCCCCAGUUCGGAGCCGCGUACCACCAUGUACACGUCUUUGGCGACGCCGCCACCGUCCGAAGAUGCACAUCGUCCGCCUCGUCUGAUGCCCAUGUACGCCGAAGCGCCGCUGCCGUCAAGGCCGGUCGACGCCAGCGUGCUCUACGAGGCGGCGCUAAAGAUUGCAACGGCCGCAAUGAACGACGAGCGGGCGCGCCGCUUCACGACAGCGAUUGACGGCUACACCGAGGCUGGAAGCAUAUUUAUCGAGAUUGGCCGACAAGAAAGUGAUGCACGCGUCCAGAAGACCAUGAAGAAGAAGGCGUUCUCGCUGCUUACGCGCGCCGAGGCGCUUGCGACGUGGUUCGACAAGGUUCAAGUCGAGGCGUCGAGCGGACACAACAUUAGCGAGGCGCUCACCCAAGCGGAAGAGGCGACGUCAAAAGAAGUGACGGACAACGAAGAACAGGUCCGCGUCAUGACGCAAGAGCUCCAGCAACUCAAGUACGCGUCCGACCUGCGCGCAUCGUCCGUAGAAGAUAUCGCCGACGUGACGACAGCGCCACACGUGCAAGAUAUGAAGCUCGCCCUUGUGAACGAAAUGCACAGCCUCCUCAAUCUCCCAGAAGUGGACCACCUUCGCACGUUCAAGCCCCUAAGCGAAGACGCGAACAAGGACGCGUAUGCGGUAGAGCUAGCACAACAAGUCGAAAGCUUGAAGAAGGAGCUCGCAUUCGAAAAGGCCACCCACGUGCUCGGCAACUUUGUGCGGAAGAAGCGGUUUCAGGCUGCAGCCUCGGUCGACGAUGAGGAACAGAAGCGCCUUCAGACUGAAGUCGAUCGGCUCCGCGCCGAGCUCAAGGCCCACCAGGCGAUGCUUGCCGAGGCGCCCUCGAAGCGCCCGAUGACGACCCUUCUCGUUCCGACGUCACCGCGACGACCGACGACCGCGCCGUCGCCGCAAAAAGGUGGCUUUUUUGCUGCGUUUGGGCGAAAGAAGGGUGGGUCGCACGCACCGCCCGAGUUCUUUAUGGGCCCGCGAGGCUUGAAAAAGCAGCAGCAGGACGAUACGAGUUCCUCGCGCCGUCGGUCAGAUCCAUCGCUGCAGUCACCGAGGGAGCUUCGACGACAGCGGUCGACGUCCGGCGACAAUACGUCGGCAGAUUCUGUGUGGCUCUAGCGCUGUGUACUGGUUUGGAGAUGUAUUUAAUCCUAAUUUGCCGACUUUGACUCUACGAGAGAGUUGAAGACUCAUCCACCAGGGAAAUGGC